CGGUAAGCCAAACAGUCCCUAAAUCUGAUCCAGUCAUUGCCCAACUUUAUCCGUUGGUAUUUUAUCUCCAUUCGCGCCCCUGCUUCAACGAAAUCGAUCGAUCGAGAAGCCGCGAUGAUGCUCGCAACACCUAAUUGCUUCAUUUUAACAUGUUCUUGGAUUCCAGACAAAUCGGCCAAUUUAUCGGGUCGUUUCAAUUUGAAUUUAGAGAAAAAGACGGCGACGAUUCGAAUGUUUGGGCGUUGUAAAGCGACUCUGAUUACCAAUUCGGAGUCUUUUGAAGUCGGAAGGCUUAUUGGUAGCUAUGGCUUCAUGAAUGUCACCAGUUAUUCAGGAUUGCAAUUGGGUUUGGACAUUGAGGAUUCAUCAGCAGAUGUAGGACGCUUAAGAGUUCAAGAUGUAGGAGAAGGCAAUGUGAAAAUCAGGCUUUAUGAAGGAAGAAUAGCUCAGGGUCCACUCAAAGGGACCCCUGUUAUUUUUAAGGUUUAUCCUGGACAACAAAUUGGUGGUGUGGAGGCUGAUAUGAUGGCUGCAAACGAGCUAAAUGCUCAUGCAUUCCUUCAAAGCAGUUCAAAAAUUGUCCCUCAGAAUAUCCAAACACUUCUUGGUGGGUUUGAGACAAGAACUGGGGAGCAGUGGCUUGCUCUUCGUAAUGAUGGGAAAUACAGUGCCGCGGACUAUGCAAAAGUUACGAGUGAAAAAAUGUCUAAGGACCGUGCUCUAGGAGAAAAGAAGUUCUGGAAUCCUUUUGAACAGGAGCAAUCUAUAAAACGUAGAAGAUAUUUUGUUAUUAAGUUGCUUCAUGGUGCUUUAUGUGGCCUGGCCUUCAUGCAUGAUCAUGACAGACUACAUCAAAGUCUUGGACCUGCUUCUGUGGUUCUUAACACCAUGGUUGAAAAAGAUUCUGCUUACCUAGUUCCACGGCUUCGGGAUCUUGCCUUUUCAGUUGAUAUUAGGUAUUCACAACUAGAGGAAGGUUCAGGAAAGUUCACAGAAGGACUCUGGAGAAGGGCAUCUGCGGCUGGUGCAUUCACUCCUAUGGAGAAAAGAGCAUUUGGAAUAGCAGAUGACAUAUAUGAAGCAGGUCUUCUUUUUGCAUACUUGGCUUUCAUUCCAUUUUGUGAGGCAGGAAUCUUGGAUAGCCUCUCGCUGCAAAGGCUUUUGGAAAGCACUUUCCGACUUGAUCUUGAAGCUGCAAGAGAGUAUUGUAUAUCAGAUGACCGUUUGCUAGAAGCUGUCAAGUUUCUUGACCUUGGCGAUGGCGCUGGUUGGGAGUUACUGCAGGCCAUGCUAAACCCUGAUUACCGUAAACGGCCAAUUGCAGAAGCUGUGCUGAACCAUCGGUUCAUGACUGGCUCCCUUCUUUGAGGUCUCUAGGUUAUGCUACACUUGAAUACAUCAUUAGCCGGCUGCUAAUGCAGGGAUUAUAUGAUUUUUCAAGUCUAUGUUUGUCUAAUUAGGAUAAUACCUUCUGGAAACUGUGGGUUUGGAGUUGUAAUUUGCAAGUACUUUUGAUUGAUGAUUAUAAAUUAGUAAUUAAUCUGUUGUGUUGUAGCUCA